UUGCAGAUUGAAAAUGCCUCGUUACGAUGAUCGAUAUGGCAAUACCCGUCUAUAUGUUGGUCGCCUUUCCUCGAGGACGCGUUCCCGUGAUUUAGAUCGACUUUUCAGCCGAUAUGGAAGGUUUCUGGGGGUUUGGCCUAACCUCGAGGUCUUUGGUGGGAGGGUGGUGGCCUUGGUGGAAAUUCUUGCCCCGAUUGUAUAGGAGUGACUUUGGCGAUUCUUUCUGUAAUGUUAUUGCGUGUUUUUAUGCAAAUGGCAACCAUUCUCAAACUGGUGUUUAGCUUGUCUCUGACGGGCAAAGUAUCAUAAAUCCAAAUCAGAGUUUAAGAUUGAUGUAUGAUGCUUACUGUUUCUGGCAACCAUUUACGCAGAGUACGAGAUGUGGAUAUGAAGCGGGAUUUUGCCUUUGUUGAAUUUGGUGAUCCUCGAGAUGCUGAUGAUGCAAGGUACAGCUUGGAUGGUCGGGAAUUUGAUGGAAGUCGUCUCAUUGUAGAGUUUGCUAAAGGGGGGCCUCGUGGUUCUCGUGAAUAUCUAGGCAGAGGUCCUCCUCCUGGAUCUGGACGUUGCUUUAAUUGUGGUCUUGAUGGUCAUUGGGCUCGGGAUUGCAAAGCUGGUGACUGGAAAAACAAGUGUUAUCGCUGUGGAGAGAGAGGUCACAUUGAAAGACAGUGCAACAAUAGCCCAAAGGAGCUAAGGCGUGGGGGCAGUCUUUCACGAUCUCCAGUUAGGUCACGCUCACCUCGUCGCGGUCGAAGUCCCAGUCGUAGUUACAGCAGAAGCCAUAGUUAUAGGUCAGAUAUCUUAGACAUUCAACUUUGUUCCGACCAGAUAUGUGAAAGCAUCAUCGGUGUAGUAUAUUGUUUUUUUAACUUUGUCUCUUUUGACAGCCGAUCAAGAUCGCCUGUACGAAGAGGGCGAAGCUAUGAUCGUGAUGGCGGAUCAAGGAGUCCAGUCCCUUCCAAGACUAGGAAACGCAGUCGAAGUGUCACACCUGAUGAUAUCAGCCCCAAGGCAAGAGAUAGCAUCUCUCCAAUAAAUGGUAGAUUGGCUGAUGAGCAAGACGAUGACUAUAGUGGUAGCCCUAGGGCAAGGAGCAGAAGCCCCAUCAGCCCGGAACGAGAUAGCCCAGUUGGAAGGAGGUUCCGAAGCCCCAAUAAAACCAAUGGCCGCAGCCAAAGUCCAAAUCCCAGCCCCAGCCCCAGCCCCAGCCCCAGCCCUAAGGAUGAUAGAAGUCCUGUUGAUGAUGACGAUGAGAACCGCCGUUCUCCUCGGAGGGGCAGUGAAUCACCUUAAGCGAGUGCAAAAGCCGUUAAAAUAGAUGUUUCAUUAGUCAUAUUUAUGUUUGGAAACAUACUGUGGUUGCCUUAUUAUUUAGCAAAGUUACUUGAACUGCGUACUUGAGAUGCUUAGACUUUUGAACUAUUGAACAUUCAUAAAUGUGUCUUUUUAUGUGUUACUUUAAUAGCUAAUUUUCAGUUUUGCUUGUUUGGCA